AUGAGGCUGCAGAGGGUCCAGAAGCCCGAGGCGGCUGACUCUGGAGCCUUUUGUACUGUGCUGAGGAGCUGUGGCUUCUACCUGCUGGGGAGGAAAAGGCCGGAGUCCUCUCUGGUAGAAAGGAGCAUGGCCAAAAAUGGGGGGAGGCUCAGCCUAGACUCCUCGGCUGUGAGUGAGGAGCGCAGUCUCCCUCGGACGCUGACCAGCCUCACUCUGAACCUUCCUGGAGCGUGUCUGCAGGCCUGGACCCCAGCAGAGCACCCAGGCAAGGGCAACAAAUUGCCCGGGAAGCAGGGGGACAUCUCGGCAUCUUUGCAGCAGGAAGGACCCUGUCUGUGGUUGGAGUCUGCAACUGAGGGGCCUGUUUUUAGGACUGGGACUCCAGCGCACAGCUGGGAAGAAUGUGACAGCCUGGAGAAAAGAGUGAGGUCUCAGUCAGUCCCUGAGUCCUUCGAUGAGAUCAGCUCCCUGGAAAUCUCACAGGCUUUGGAGGUGCCCACUCAAGCUGUUCAAGGCCUGGAGCCGCCAGUGCUGGAGAGUCUGGAAAAGGACCACGUGGAGCCGGAUCAUGUGCUGAUGGUCCAACAGGUACUGCAAGAACUUCGAGAGUACCACGGGGCUCAGCAGAGGGCUCACUUGUCCGGCAGCCCCAGAGGAGCCCACUCAGACCUCACCUGGUUUGAGUUCCUGUCCGAGAGCGAGGACGGAGCCGGCAAGACCGAGAGGAGUGACAGGGGCACCGCCGGGGUGAAGCACAGGCUCAGCUCCCUCCGCCACCGAGUCACCAGGCACAAGGACAAGGGGAAAGGCCCAGCGCAUCUGAAGGACAAGGGCCAGGACGCUCGAGAGAGAAAGGAAUGUGCCAAUGGCCACCAGCUGUCCCGAGGAACCUCCAGCGGCCACUCCAGCUGCCCCCUGUGCAGGAAACCGCCUCUCCGCUCUGGUGGCAAACCUGUUCCUCCGUUUCUUGUGCCCUCCCCUCUCCCACUCUUUGCCCUGAGACUCGCCCUCAGCCCCGCCAGCGUCCCGGGCGCCCGCUGA